AUGCAGGAACAAAAGGAGAGGUAUGGAGUACAUCUAUUUGCAAAGAAUGAGGAUGGCUCCUACUCUUGCUUCUUUAUGGGUUGUGGCAAGCGAUUCACAGCAAACUUCUCAAGACAUGUAGCCAGACAUGAGCAUGAUGGUCAUCAGGUCGACCCUGCAUUUCAUGCCAGAGGCAAGCAGAUACAGCAGGGCUUUCAUCCGGGUACACCUCACACACCUGGCAUGCAGCGCAUGAUGCCAAUGACUCCCAUGACGCCCAUGACUCCGAUGACUCCAAUGUCAAUGACGCCGCUACCCAUGACGCCUCUGCAGGCCGGCAUGGGCAUGCCCGCAAUGUCACUCAACUAUCCCAUGUCGAUGCCUAUGACUGUCAACCCAAUGGCCGUCAACCCGAUGGCUGCCGUGAUGGCACACACACAGCAGAUGAUGCAGCAGCAGCCGCAGCAACAACCAAUGACCCCCACCUUGCGAUCAAUGACCAACCCCGAUCGCAAGACACGCGCAUCCUCCGUGACCAACGCUCCGCCACAGCCACAGAUGUCGCAGCAGGAGAUGGAGCAGCAGGGCAUCCCCUAUCAAGUGUGUCAGCAUCUCAUGCAUGAGAAGUGGUGGGCAACCAGUCCCGUACUGCCACAGACAGAGUUCUACAAUCGCGCCUCCAAGUGCAAGAAGUGCUACAUCCGUCAGCAACAAGAGUCGAAGCGCAUUCGCAUGAACCAAGGCUCAACCUCAAUGUCACAUAUCCUCUCAGCAACGAACCAUCAAGCAUCGACCAGUGAUCCAGACAGUGCUCCUCCAACUCCAAAGAGAGUAUCACAACCAAGCCCAUCACCAGUGAUCAAGUCACAUCAACAUCAACAUCAACAUCAACAGCACCAGCAUCAACAGCACCAACAACAUCAACAUCAGCAUCAACAGCAGCCAUUGCCACUGCUCGUCCAUGCACCUUCAUCAAUGCCUUCGAUUCAACUACAACAUCAACAACAGAUUAUGUUCCAACAACAAAUGCAACAACAGAUUCAGCAGCAGAUUCAACAACAGCAGUUGAUGCAGGCUCAGCAACAGAUCGUACAGCUCUCUCAACAGCAGCAGCAACUGCAGCAACAGAUUCAAAUGCCCAACAAGGUCACUCAAAAGAUGACAAUGGCGCCACACAUGAUGAUGUACAGUGGCGGUAUGCGCACACUCCCGCGUCCAAAGCGCGACCCAACUGCAGUCGAGGUCAACAACAUUGUCAUUGAGAAGCUCAAAGAGAUCAUGGCCAUCUUGAUGAAGGACCCGCGCUCAAAGCCAUUCCGCGAGCCCGUCGACGCCGUCAAGCUUGGCCUCGAGGACUACAACGACAUCAUCAAGCAGCCGCGCGAUCUUGGCACAAUCGACAAGACUCUGGAUGCAGCGGGCAAGACCCAGCUCGUCAACUACAUCAAUGUGCACGGAGACAUCAAGUUGGUGUUCAAGAAUGCGAUGACCUACAACGAAGAGGAGAGCGAGAUCUAUGAGCUGGCAGAGGAGUUGGACAAACUCUACGACGAUCAGUUCAAGAAGGCUCUGGUCGAGGCUGAGGCCGAAGCACAGCUCCAAGCCGAGCUGAUCAAAGAUAUAUGCGAUCUCUGUGGCAAGUUGCCCGUGCCAUACAUGAGACCCCACCCACCUGGAGACGGCUCGCCUCAGGCCGACGAGAACACGCCAGUGCCACUGCUGCUCUGUGAAGGAUCGUGUCUGAGAGCAUUCCAUCUACACUGUCUGGGUCUGCCAGUCGACACCAAGCAGCCAUGGAUGUGCGAGGAGUGCCAUCAGGGCCGUCCCGUGCUACACUUUGAUCCACAGCGACAGGAGCACUUCUACUACUACUACGAUGGAGUGAGCUGCGAGGAAGAAUCCGACAUUGUCGAUGGAGUGAACAAUAGCGAGAACAACAGCGAUGAUGUUGUCGUAUCAAACAUUGGCAUGUUGAGCAAGGACGAGAAGAUAGCUCUGCGCAACGAAGAGGAGGAACAUCGCGUGCGUGACAUGUACUUUGACCCAGUCUGGUGCAUGUGGCGCUGUAAGUCUCGAGUCGUCAUGAAGCAUCGAGAGGACAGACAGAAGCCCGUGCUCAUCGUUGCUCAAUCCAAGAUUGUCAAGCGUGGAAGAAAGGCGAAGCGUGGAAGACCCAAGAAAGUAAAGUAA